CGCGGAGAGAGCACCGUCACGAUUACGCAGAGGCCGAUAGAGGCUGCUCGUUCAGCAGGCGCCAGUCUCCGAACGACUCUCACCGCCCGCUCUUUCUCUUUCUCCUCACCACCAUCCUCAUCCCCACCGCACCCAACCCAACAUGACCACCCGCCCGCGCGCAAUGUCGGGGACCAUCCCCUCCAUGGAGGGCUCCCACGAGGAACUCAAGGAUAACACCACUAUCAUCGUCUUGGGUGCAUCUGGAGAUCUUGCAAAGAAGAAAACAUAUCCUGCCUUGUUCGGGCUUUACAAGAAUAACUUCCUGCCCCGGGGCGUCCACAUCGUCGGCUAUGCGCGGACGAAGAUGGACGAUGCUGAGUACCACAAGCGUAUCACUUCGUACAUCAAGGUCUCCGAAGGCGACGCGGAAGCGGCUGCGAAGCUCGAAGAGUUCAAGCAGCUGUCCUCGUACAUUUCCGGAGGCUAUGAGGAUUCGUCGGCAUUCUCGAACCUCAACAAAACUAUUGAGAAGAUCGAGUCGGGCUACCAGGGCAAGGAGCGCCAUCGGUUGUUUUACCUCGCCCUCCCGCCCAGUGUCUUCAUUCCGGUCGCACAGCACCUCAAGGAACAGUGCUACGUGACGCCCGAUGUGGGCAAGUGCCGUAUCAUCGUCGAGAAGCCGUUCGGAAAGGACCUCGAAUCUUCCCGAGUGCUCCUGGGCUCCCUCAAGCAGCACUGGACUGAGGACGAGACGUUCCGGAUCGACCAUUACCUCGGCAAGGAGAUGGUCAAGAACUUGCUGGUGCUCCGUUUCGCGAACAUCGCGUUCAGUUCGUUCUGGGACAAGAACUCGAUCAGCAACGUCCAGAUCACCUUCAAGGAGCCCUUCGGUACUGAAGGCCGUGGCGGUUACUUCGACGAGUUCGGUAUCAUUCGUGACAUUCUCCAGAACCAUCUGCUGCAGGUGUUGAGCGUCCUCACGAUGGAGCGCCCUGUGUCUUUCGCCGCCGAGGACAUCCGUGAUGAGAAGGUCAAGGUCCUUCGCUGCAUCCCACCUAUCGAGCGCAGCGACACGCUGCUUGGCCAAUACGUUGCGGCCAACGGAAAGCCAGGCUACCUCGAUGAUGACACGGUCCCGCACAACUCGGUCUGCCCGACGUACGCCGCGACGACCCUUUGGAUCCACAACCCCCGCUGGGAGGGCGUUCCGUUCAUCUUGAAGGCCGGAAAGGCCCUCAACGAGGCGAAGGUCGAGGUUCGGAUACAGUUCAGGGAUGUCACGCAGGGCAUCUUCAAGGACAUUUCGCGCAAUGAGCUUGUCCUUCGCAUCCAGCCUUCCGAGGCGGUGUACCUCAAGCUCAACACGAAGACGCCCGGCCUGCACACGCGUGCGAUCCCGACGGAGAUGGACCUCACGUACAAGCGGCGCUUCCUCGAAGCGAAGAUCCCAGAGGCUUACGAGUCGCUCAUCCUCGAUGCGCUCAAGGGCGACCACUCGAACUUCGUUCGUGAUGACGAGUUGGACGUUGCUUGGAAGAUCUUCACACCCAUCCUGCACUGGAUUGACGGGCGGAGCGGCGCCCCGCCCAAGCCUGUCGGCUAUCCCUACGGCUCGCGGGGCCCGAAGGAACUCGACCCGUUCAUCGGCAAGUACGGCUACAAGCGCACCGUCUCGGAAUACGAGUGGCCGAUCACGAACCUCGCGUCAUUAUAAACUCAGGCGACGCGUGUGUUGCGUCGUCGUGUGAGGGCGAUGUGUAGAGCGAACGGUGAACGGCAAACUGUCAAGACGAAGUCAAGGAUUUGUAUUACAUGUGCAAAUGUGCCCUGUUGUGUGUGACGCGUGGUGUAGGAUGGAAAGCGAACUGUGAUGCAAAUUUUCUAGAGUGUUGUUGCGUGCUGUGUAAUGAACAUGAAUGCCUCGGA